AUGGGCAAACAGAAGACAGCCAACGUUGGCAAAGCAAAGGGAGGCGCUGGCAACGCUGGAGCCAACGCAAAGACGACCGCUGCUCCCGCUCCCAACGUCCCUCCCGCUUGGCCCCAAUUCAAGCCACCAUUACCAGUCACCGACCUUGUGCCCGAGAAAUUCCCCUCGUGCCCGGACAAGGUCGUUCUUGUCCGCAAUUUCUGGCCGAAAUCCCUAUGCAGUUCCUACGUCACAUUCCUGAGGAAUCUCCCGCUUGUCACCACCCCUGGCCGACCCAAGAGAGGGGAGGCGGUCAGAGUGAACGACCGUUUCCAAGUACAGGAUGCCACUUUCGCUCGACGCCUGUGGGAGGAGACGGGCCUGCGCGAAUCGCUUGCCCAAGAAGAUGUUCAGGACUUAUGGGGCGGUGAGGUCGUCGGUCUGAACCCCAACAUUCGCAUCUAUCGCUACACCAAGGGCCAGUACUUUGAUGCACACUACGACGACUCCAAUAACGUCUCGCUCGCCCUCGACCCCUCCGCGGGAGCCGUGCCGUGCAAGACAACCUGGACACUCUUGCUCUACCUAACCUCCUCCGCCGAGGGCUGCGUCGGCGGCGAGACCGUCUUCUUCCCCAACGACCGCCGCUCCGCCAAGGAGGAGAUCCCGGUCGCGCUCGAAACGGGCAUGGCUCUCUUGCACAAGCAUGGCGACGAUUGUAUGCUGCACGAGGGGCGGGAAGUCACCGCGGGCGAAAAGUGGGUGUUGAGGACCGAUCUCUGCGUCAGGAAGUGA